CUAAAAUAAUUUAUAUUUAUUAUUAACGCACGACAUAUUUUCGUAUUAAAAAUAUUUGACAAAACGUUACACAAAAGAAAUAAAAGUUAAUAGAAAAAACAAAACCGGAACCAGAAAUGACGUCUUUUCUUUUCAAAGAUGGCGGAACGCGUGUAACGUAAUGCUGUUAAUAUUAAAAUAUUUUGAUGUAUUUCGGUUAAUCUGAGUUAGUUGUUGUUGUCAUUUUAUUGGAGUUUUAAGUACUGUGAAUUGUGCGCUUGUUUUUUUUAUCUGGUAUUCAGAAUAUCUUGACAUUUCUUUCAAAAUAGGGAUUAUAAAGAAUUCAAAUAGUUAUGGAUGCAGAGAGUGAUGAUGAAAUGCAAAGUAAUCAUUCAGAUCAGGAGGAUGAUGUAAAAUCUGUUAACAUACAAAGUGAUGAUAAUGAAGAUCAACCAUACAUUGAAAAUAAUACCAUUGAAUCACCUAAUUCUCCUGGAGAAGGUAGUGAAGUAAAUUCAGGUAGUGAACAUGAAAGUGAUGCAGAGAGUCCGAAAAGAAGAAAUGAUGACACAUCAGAUAAUGAAACUGGACAAAGACAAAAAUAUGAAAUUGAAAGUUGUGAUGAAGAUAGUGUAGCUGAACAACGAGAAAGUGAUGAUGAAGAUGCUGUAAACAGUGAACCAGAUCAUGAUGUUGUUCAAAGUGAUGAAGAACAACAAGAAGCAGCAUCUGAUAGAGAAGAGAUUGAUACUCCUAGAAGUCCUUCUCCAUCAGACGAAGAAGUGCAACAUUCGGAUGAGGAUGUUCAUCAUUCAGAUGAAGAAGCACAAUGUUCAGAUGAAGAAGUACAUCGUUCGGAUGAAGAAGUGCAUCGUUCUGAUGAGGAAGUGAAUCGUUCUGAUGAAGAAGUGCAUCGGUCUGAUGAAGAAGUGCAUCAAUCUGAUGAAGAAGUGCAUCAUUCAGAUGACGAAGUUCAUCAUUCAGAUGAAGGUGGUGUACAAUCAGAAGAUGAAAUGGAACAAUCAGAUCAAGAAAAUCAAAUUAGUGAAGCACAUAAUUUGGAUGAAGCCAGAUCAUCACCUCCUACACCUGUUGCUUCUGAUGAAGAGAAAAUUUUGGGGUCAGAUGUUGAAAAUGAAGCAUCAGAUGCUGAAGAUAGUGAUAGUGAAAGUGAUAAGAGUGAUAACGAAUCAAAAGUAGGAGAAUUAAUAGCAGAUAUCUUUGGAGAGAGUGAUGAAGAUGAAGAAUUUGAAGGAUUUGGUGAAGAAGAUCUUGCUGCAGCUAAGCAAAAGAAAGAAAAGAAGAAAGCAACAAAAGUAUUAUCUGAUAGUGAGGGUGAAGGAAAUGCAGUUGAAGAAGAUACAGCAGAAAAUGCAUCUAUUGAAGAAGCAAACAAAAUCUUAGAACCCAAAGAUAAAGUAAAUAACAUAGAGCAAGUACUACCUACAAUUUCAGAUGAAGAAUCUGGUGAUGAGGGUCCUAGAAGAAUUCCAGAAGAUUUCAUGUAUGAUUUUGAAAUAAUGCUUCAGAGGAAAAAAGAAAAUCAACGGAGACGCAAAAGAAAGGAUAUUGAUAUUAUCAAUGACAGUGACGAUCUUAUUGCAGAAAUUAUUAAUCAAAUGAGAGUGUCUGCAGAGGAGGAUCGUCAGUUGAAUAAGAAUAAAGCUGCUGCAACUAAAAAAUUGAAACUUCUUCCAAUGGUCGUUUCUCAAUUAAGAAAACAUGAUUUAAAAGAAGCCUUUUUAGAUCAGGGAAUUUUGAGUGUAAUGGCAGAAUGGUUGUCACCUCUCCCAGAUCGUAGUUUAUCUCAUUUGCAAAUUAGAGAUAAUAUGCUACGGUUAUUGGCUGAAUUUCCUCCCAUUGAUCAAGGAUUACUAAAAAGUAGUAAUAUUGGUCGUGCAGUAAUGUAUCUUUAUAAACAUCCAAAAGAAACAAAAGAAAAUAGAGAAAGAGCAGGAAAACUAAUUAGUGAAUGGGCAAGGCCAAUUUUUAACUUAAAUACAAAUUUCCAUUCCAUGUCAAAAGAAGAAAGAGAGCAAAGAGAUUUUGAACAUAUGCCAAAGAAGCGAAAACUUAGGCUUGAAUCUGGGGAAGGUGGUGUAGUUAAACAGGACAUUGAACGAGCUUUGUCUGCAGAAGAUAAAGCAUUACGGCCAGGUGACAAAGGAUGGAUUGCCAGGGCUCGGGUUCCAAUGCCAUCUAUGAAAGAUUAUGUAGUAAGACCCAAGUGGAAUGUGGAAACUGAUAUUGGAAGGGGUAGCAAUAGGAAACAAGUAACAAGACUGGACAAACACAUUCGUAACUUUAGAGAAAAGAAGAAACUCUCCAAGGUUCAGAGGGCGGUGACGAUCAGCAUAGAAGGCCGAAAAAUGUCCUUGUGAUAUUUUAUGUAUACAAUGAUGGAUUGUUUGACAAAGAAAUAAUUUAUCGUAACACAUUUUAAUUUGUACAAUUAUUUGAAAUAUAAAAUGACUGUAUAGUUGUUGCAUGUCUCGUUGGUCCAUAUAGCAAGUGAAUGUUUACUGUAGAUUUUUUAAAUAAAAUAUACUU